GAUUCUGGAUUAUCAGCUGCUCAGCGUGCUCUUUGUCCGCCAAUGCAAGCUGCUCAACAGUCUGCUGGUUGCUCACCGAUAAUGGCUGAUCCAGCAUGCGGUUGUUCUCCUAAUGUGCCUUCACCAUCCCCUGCUGCUGGCAAGACUACACCACCACAAGAUAUUCAUAACAUUCAGAUCGACCCGAAUGAUACCAAUGCAUUAUUAUCAGCAACUACUUUAUCAAUUCAUGAAGAAAUGCUAAGAUAUCAGCAGAGAAAGAUCGAUGAAUUGCAGAAAGAACUACACCGUUCUCAACAGCAACUCAAGCAUCAACAGCAGGUCAUACUUGCUGCGAAAAAAGCACAGCAGGCUAAAAGGCUAGAGGGUGCUCAACAAGAUGAAAAUCAGCAACAGUCAGAAGCAGAAGUUUGGUUAAAUCAGUUAGAUAUCAAGCAUCUCAAUAAAUUUCAUAUUCAACUAUUUCUUCAACAUAAAUUUCAGCAACAACAAAUGCAGGUUAUUAAUUAA